AUGUUGAAGAAAGUCGCGUGGAAGAAGCGCGCGAGCAACGUAGUGAGCGUCCAGCAGGAGCAGGCUCUGAGCACCACCAUCCUUCUGCUGAAGACCUACGGACCCACGGGCUUCCUCCUCAAAGAGGGACAGGACGCCAAUUGCAAGGUGUUCUUGGGUCAGCCACAUUCCUGCACUUGUCCAGUCUUUUUGAGGGAAAGGGAGCCCUGCAAACAUAUCUGCUGGAUUUUACUGAAGAACUUCCGACUUCCCAAAGAGCAUUCAGAUAGUUUCCAGUGUGGUCUGAGUGAGCGGGAGAUCUCAGAGGUGCUCUGUGGAUCUCACUGGACUCCUCAGCCCAGUGCCUCCGCUGCCUCUGCCUCUUCUGCUGCUGCUGAAGGCUGGGCCUUGCAGAAGCCUAGAAGGGUGCACCAGAGAGAUAUCCAACCCCAGCAUGUGCGCCCCAUCUGCCAAGAGGAGCUGCUGGAGAGGAGGCAGCCUGUGGCUUACUGCAGGUUCAGCUGUGGUAAAAACGUGCACAUCUCAUGCAUGAGAGUAUGGGCAGAGCAUCGGCACCGCUUACAUUCAGAUUCAACUAUGGUGAAAUGUCCACUGUGCAGAGAGGACUUCUGCUCACUCCAAUCUAUAAGGAAGCAGGACAUGAACGCAGCCCAGCUCCACACAGCAGCAGAGAAAGAGAGGCCAGACAAGCACUUAGGAGUGUCUUGUAACAGCUGCAGGUGAAGCCCCAUCUCUGGGAAGUGCUUCAGAUGCACAGUUUGCACAUAUGUAUAUUUCUGUGAGAGCUGCUUAGUAAAAGGCAGCCAUCCUCAGCAUCCUGCUCUGGAUGCCCCCCUGUCCUCAAUGCCUCUUCCAGACAGUGUGCUUGCUCGGUUGCCCGUGGUGCAGGUGCGAGCAGGCUCUUUUCUGCUGCAGGAAGGGCUGCAGUGUCGACUGUGCCUGCAGAGCUUCAACCGGGGACAGAGGCUCAGCAUGCUGCCCUGCCACCACAAGUUCCAUGCUGAGUGCGUGGAUGGGAUUAUGCAGAUGACCAACGCCUGUCCUCUGGAUGGGUUUGUCAUCUACAAUUCAAACACUAAGAGAGUCUGCGAAAAGAAGACCAAUUCUAAACCAGCAUCCCCAAGUUCCAGAUACCCUGCUAGCCAAACCACUGGGAUCAACCUCCAGGACCUCGUUGUACCUGGUGUGGCUCUACUAGAGAAGAAACAUCAGCUAGAGCAGGGUUGA